AUGUUUCUUCACCGUGUGUUGUAUGUUGUGACGUUACUUGUGAGCAUUAUCUCUUUAUGUGUGGCGGCUGAUACUUCUGAACCGUCUUCAGGUGAAGUUGUUGAUGGUGCUAGUUGCAGUCCUGGUGAUAGUGAACCUGAAAAGUGUGCUAAAUCUGCUGAAGGUGACCCUGGUCCUGCUGGCAAGGCAGGUAAACUGGGUCCUAAUGGUGAAAAAGGCGAAGACCCUGUUGAUUCUGACAGUAUCAGAGGAGAUCCAGGUGUCUCUCAUGGUCAAACCAUUGUUUCUCAGUCUCCACUACAACCUUCUGGUGCUCUACCAACGUCAGCUUCAACCGGGAAUUUGGUUACUCCUGGUUCUGCUAGUUCUAGUAGUGAUGUUAUCAGUGGACCAGGUAAAGAUUCUGAUACUGGUGCACCAGGUGAAGAUCAACAUGAACCCGGGGACAUUGCUGCUUCUGGUGAACAUGGAACUGGUGGUAAGUCUGCUGCUCCUGCACCUGCUGCUGUGGAUAUUGCUACGCCUGCAGUUAACGGUGAACCAGGAAACAACGACAACAGUGCAUCCAAUGAAAGUAAAGAAAACACGAGUGAUAUCGUCACGUCAUCUUCUUCCAGCAGUACAGAGUCACAAAGCGAAGGAGCAUCUGAAACCACAACGACGGGAAAUGACACCACACCUGCAGAGAGUGAAUCAUUAAACAACCAAAAUGAGGGAGAUAAUUCAGAAACCACUACCACUACCACCACCACAACAACAACAACAACAUUUCCUCCUGAACUCACAAACAACAAGAAGGGUGAUGCAGACAGCAGCAGCAGUAUCAGCAGUUCUGUGUGGGUGCGUGUACCACUACUGAUUGUGGUUACACUGUCCUGUAUUCUUGUGUGCUGA